GGCUGACUCUCUUCCGGCGGCGGGCUGUGCGGAGCGGCGGGCGCUAGUUCAUGAAAAUGUCAGCAGAUAUACCAUUAGACAUUAAUAUCAAGGAACCCCGUUGGGAUCAAAGCACUUUUGUUGGACGAGCCAAUCAUUUCUUUACUGUAACGGAUCCCAGGAAUAUUUUAUUACCUAAUGAACAACUAGAAAAUGCAAGAAAAAUUGUUCAUGAUUACAGACAAGGUAUUGUGGCCCCUGGGCUGACAGAAGAUGAACUAUGGAGAGCAAAAUAUGUGUAUGAUUCAGCUUUUCACCCAGACACCGGUGAAAAGAUGAUUUUGAUUGGCCGAAUGUCAGCUCAGGUACCAAUGAACAUGACUAUCACAGGUUGUAUGAUGACCUUUUAUAGAACUACUCCGGCAGUGGUCUUCUGGCAGUGGAUUAACCAGUCCUUCAACGCUAUUGUAAAUUACACCAACAGGAGUGGAGAUGCCCCAAUUACUGUCAGCCAGCUGGGAACAGCCUAUGUUUCUGCCACUACGGGUGCUGUAGCAACAGCUCUAGGACUUAAUGCACUAACCAAGCAUGUCUCGCCCCUUAUAGGACGUUUUGUUCCUUUUGCUGCUGUAGCCGCUGCUAAUUGCAUAAAUAUUCCAUUAAUGAGGCAAAGGGAACUCAAAUUUGGUAUCCCUGUUACAGACGAAAAUGGGAACAGGUUAGGUGAAUCAGCCAAAGCUGCUCAGCAGGCCAUUACUCAGGUGGUUGUCUCAAGGAUUCUCAUGGCUGCCCCUGGCAUGGCUAUUCCUCCCUUUAUAAUGAAUACUUUGGAAAAAAAAGCCUUUUUAAAGCGGUUCCCGUGGAUGAGUGCCCCCAUUCAAGUUGGAUUAGUUGGAAUCUGUUUGGUGUUUGCUACACCUCUGUGCUGUGCAUUAUUUCCUCAAAAAAGUUCCAUGUCCGUAACACGCUUGGAGCCAGAAUUGCGAGCCAAGAUCCAAGAGUUCAGCCCUGGUUUAGAACGUGUGUACUUUAAUAAAGGAUUAUAA